GGGGACGGGGACGGGAACAGAGACAGACGGCGGAGCGGAGCCAUGGACGCGGCUGCCGACUGCCUCAGCCCGGCUGCCCAGCAGCAGGCUGAAGCGAGACUCGCGGCCAAGCGAGCGGCGCGGGCGGAGGCGCGGGAGAUCCGGAUGAAAGAGCUGGAGAGGCAGCAGAAGGAGAUCUAUCAGGUCCAGAAGAAAUAUUAUGGGCUGGAUACUAAGUGGGGAGACAUCGAGCAAUGGAUGGAAGACAGUGAGCGUUAUUCCCGUAGAGCCCGAAGAAAUGCCUCGGCUUCGGAUGAAGAUGAGCGCAUGUCAGUGGGUAGCCGUGGAAGCCUGAGGUCUCAUUUGGAAUAUGCCAGCACCUACCCGGUGGCUGGAUUAGAGAGUGAGAGGACCAAAAAGAAGAACUACUCCAAAGCAACCAAUGGUUAUGAGGAAGACGUGUAUGGAUCAUCCCAGAGUAGAAAAUCUAGCAGGGCUUCAUACUACUCUGACCUGGGUCUCCCCAACAGCAGCUAUGCUUCCACAUCUCAACUUUCUUCCCAAAAUGGAAAUUGGCCCUCCCUGCUGUACAGCGAUGCCCUGCCAGCCAGGAGUUACAGGGCGUCUGUGUACGAGGAGAGCGUGUACAGCGGGAGCCGGCGCUAUAGUGCCCCCAGUUCCCGCGCUCCUUCAGAGUACAGCUGCUACCUUGGUUCGGGAUCUCGGGCAUCCUCCAGAGCCAGCUCUGCUCGGGCCAGUCCAGUGAUUGAGGAAAGGCCAGAAAAAGACUUUGAGAAGGGAGCACGAACCGUCUCAAGUUUAUCAGCAGCUACCUUGGCCUCUCUGGGCGGGACUUCUUCACGGAGAGGCAGUGGGGACACCUCCAUCUCAGCUGACACAGAGGCAUCCAUCAGGGAAAUCAAGGACAUCUAUGAGUUAAAGGACCAGAUUCAGGAUGUAGAAGGCAAAUACAUGCAGGGGCUGAAAGAACUGAAGGACUCUCUAGCUGAAGUUGAGGAGAAAUACAAGAAGGCUAUGGUGUCAAAUGCUCAGCUGGACAAUGAGAAAACCAAUUUCAUGUACCAAGUGGACACCCUGAAGGAUGCACUCUUAGAGUUAGAGGAACAGCUGGCAGAAUCCAGGAGGCAAUAUGAAGAGAAAAGUAAAGAAUUUGAGAGGGAGAAGCACGCUCAUAGCAUAUUGCAGUUCCAGUUCAUGGAAAUCAAAGAGGCUUUGAAGCAGAGAGAAGAAAUGCUUGCAGAAAUCCAACAGCUGCAACAGAAACAGCAGAGCUAUGUCAGGGAAAUUUCCGAUCUUCAGGAGACAAUAGAGUGGAAAGACAAAAAAAUAGGGGCACUAGAGAGGCAGAAAGAUUUCUUUGAUUCCAUAAGGAAUGAGCGGGAUCUCCUUAGAGACGAAGUGCUUGUGCUGAAGGAGCAACUGAAGAAACAUGGAAUAAUCCCAGACUCUGAUGUAGCCACCAACGGGGAGACAUCAGACAUUCUGGAUAACGAAGGACACUUGGAUUCAUCCCGAACAGGCACCACUCAGGCAUUAAAGACAGGAGGGGAGGGGAUGCUAGGCAAAGCCAAUGAAGUGGAGAUGAAAAAUGAGAUUUUGGAGGAUGUGGGGAAAAGAGAAAUCUUGCAGAAUACUGAGCAUGAGGAACACAAAGAGGAGUCUGAGGAGGAGGAAGUACAGACAUUGCAUGCUGCUGAAAAUGCACAGGCAGAACAAAUGGUUGAAGAACGGGACGCCCUGCCAACAGUGAUGUUACCAGAGAGUAGGUGUGCAGAGCAAGCCCAAAGCCUCACAGAACCUGUGUCAGGGAGCACUUCUUCAAACAGUGACAGUGACACUGAUGGCUUGAGAAAGGUCACAGAGUCCAGGGGCACAGCAGCCCAGCAGCCUGACAGUACAGAGGCUGAACACCAUGACUUGAGUGCAAGGACGAAUGAGAGCUUGGAGCUGGGCUCUCUGCAAGGCCACCAGGUUUUUGAGACUCCUCAGGAAAUGUUUUGUGACUCAAGUACAGAGCAGGAACUGGGAGAAGCUGCACCCGACCAGGAAGAACAAGAGGAUCUUAAAACCAGCCAUGCCCUGAGUGAUAAUGAAAUGGAUGAAGGAUGUGACAGUACCAGUGAGAGCAGUGACGUGGUUUCUAACCAGGCAGGGCUACCUGAGGGAGCAGUGGCAGGCUUGCUUAGGGAAGAGGGAAGUGUGGAGAGUUCCACUCCAGAGGAACCCCAGCACUCAGAAGAAAGUGCUGAAAACAAGGUUGCAGAUCUCUUGGAGGAAAAGUUUGUUGACUGCACUGAUGGAAGAAGUGAUAAAACAACAGGUGACAGAGCUGAAGAAGAAGAUGAGGUUGGGAACACAGUUCAGGGUCAGCUGAGGGAAACUGAGUCUGUGGGUUUGGAGGGGACAGAGCCAUGUGAAAGGGAUGUCCCAGAAGAGCCACUUGAAAAGGAAAGUGGAGAACAUGAGGCAUUCAUCCCUCCAGCUUCUUCAGGGAACAGUCUUUCUGCAUUCCCAGAGGAACCAAGUACACAAGGUAAAACUGCAGAUGAAACUGCUAGAGCUGAGAAGGAUGGACAGAAGGAAGAAUUGAUGGAAGAGCUGGAGAAGUGUUCAGGUUCUGCUGAAACAGGAGAGCAAGGUGUGGCAUCUGUGGAGGAGGCAGGAGGCUGCAUUCCUGAGGGAAAGGGAAGUGAGCUGCAGCAGGCACAGCCAGGAAGAGAGGUUGGGAGAGAGGUGACCACUCAGGAAACCCUUUCAGACCCAAGUCUUUUAGAUGAUGAGGUUAAGGAGUCAGAAUUGGAAACAGGGGAUGAGGCUGGGGAAGGACAGAAAAGUAGGACAGAAUGGGUAGAAGAUUUGAAUGCAAAGGUAGAGGUUCAAGCAAGUCAGUGUAGUGAAGAAACAGCAGGUGGUACAGAAGGAGGGAAAAAUGUUCCUUUAGAGGGCGAAGUGCAGAAGGUGGUUAAAGAAGUAGAAGGUGAAUCUAAAGAGGAGUCAUGUCUAGGUGUUACUGUAACUACUGAAAACAAAGCCAGUCAAGAAACACUGAAAGAAAAUGAGCAAGAGGUAGAGCUUGCAGACCAGCCUGCUGGGGCAUUUGCUUCUCAGGAAGGUGCAGAUAAUGCCCUGGCACAUAAACCUGUGCAGAAUGACAACAUUAGUGAGCAAGUUACACUGGAGGAAGCUGUAAAUAAUGCCCUGGCACAGAAACCUGUGCAGGAUGACAACAUUAGUGAGCAGGUUAAACUGGAGGAAGGUCCAGAUAAUGCCCUGGCUCAGAAACCUGUGCAGGAUGAAAACAUUAGUGAGCAAGUUACACUGGAGGAAGGUGCAAAUAAUUCCCUGGCACAGAAACCUGUGCAGGAUGAAAACAUUAAUGAGCAAGUGAAGUUGGAGGAAGAUAUAAAUAACUCCCUGGCACAGAAAUCUGUGCAGGAUGAAAACGUUAGUGAACAAGUUACACUAGAGAAAGAUAUAAAUAAUGCCCUGGCACAGAAACCUGUGCAGGAUGACAACAUUAGUGAGCAGGUUAAACUGGAGGAAGGUCCAGAUAAUGCCCUGGCUCAGAAACCUGUGCAGGAUGAAAACAUUAGUGAGCAAGUGAAGUUGGAGGAAGAUAUAAAUAACUCCCUGGCACAGAAAUCUCUGCAGGAUGAAAACGUUAGUGAACAAGUUACACUAGAGAAAGAUAUAAAUAAUGCCCUGGCACAGAAAUCUGUGCAGGAUCACAACAUUAGUGAACAAGUGAAAUUGGAGGACCAAGCAGAGGAAAGCCUGGAAGAUGAUGGUGAUGCAUUUGAUUUUGAUGAAGAGUCGAAUCAAAUACUAGAAUCUGAUGAAAAAUGGGAUGGAGAGAAAGCUGAUACACAGGGAGAAGAGGGUGAUAGAGCAAAUGGUGCUGGCCACUUGGACAAAGCUGGAGAGAGAACAGAUAAAAUGGAAACCAAAGAUGCCUUGACCAAAGGUGAAAUCCUGCAGUAUAAAAAAGAUGAGCCUGAAGAAACAGGGUGCUUGCAAGGGGAAGCAUCGAGGAAAACUGAUGAGGAGGCUGAUGUGGAGGAAGAUGAAAUCAAAGUAUCAGAUUCUAGUAAAGUAGGAAAAUUGCAGGAUCAAGAUGUUUUGGAACAGGAUUUGGAAAGUGCUUUCAUUAAGAGGGCUGAAAGCAGAGAGGAUUUGCAGGUCGGUAGAAGGAGUAAGGGUAGAUCCAGAGAUGACUGUACAAUCUCCUGAGUUCAGAGUCUCAAACCUACACGAGUUCCAUGCCCUGUGACCAGUCCCAGGACACAAAUAUGCACUUUGCACAAGACAUCAGACCUUGGAAUACUCUCAGAGCUUUGUCUUUAUAGGUAACUCAGCAUAAAGCAUGGAUGUGGUAAUGAUGCAGGUAUUAAGUUAUUCACUGUUGCACCCAGCCACAAGAAAUUGUGAGCAGGUUUGCUUUUGCUAUGUCUCAGGUUGAGAGCUUUUCACCUAAUGAGGAAGCUUCACAACUUGACUGUUCAAACUGUUAUGCAAUUAAAGUACUUGCUAGUGUGGAUAGCUGCUCCUGGGGAAUUCCUAUAGGAUUUUUUUUUAUUCUAGCCUAGUUGAUCAAUAUGAUGAAUGUACUUUGGGCCUUUGUGAACUUAUGUACGUUAUGCUUACUUGUACUUAGAUCUACAGCAAGUACAUUUACUCUGCAUGAAGGAACUCAGCAGAUCAGCCACACUGAUGGUGAAACUUCUUUCAGAAUAAUUAAAGCCUAUGAACCAAUCUCUUCUAUUUUUUAAUACGAAGAAAAAAGAUCUUUUCAUUCCACUUUGUGUGUAUUUCUUAUAUGGUCAUAUUCCAAAAUAUAGUUAGAUCACUGUGAAUCUGCUUAGUCUGAGCACCUUGGAAGAGCAAUACAUAGUUUGGAGAAAGUGCAACAUACAGGUCUCAGUUUGCUGAAAGGAAUAAAUAUAUACAUGUUUACUUCAUCUAGGCACUUUGCACCACAAUAGGCCUUUUACCCCAUGUCUCACAUGGAGUUCUUAUUUUUUCCAGAGAAAGUGACAAUACACACUGUAAUGUGUGCUUAGGUUUGCUAUCAAGUACUGUCUAGAUAUGAAUAUAUAAAAU